UUCUAAAGUCAUUACUAUACAUAAAAGAAAAUUUGCCACGGACUAUAGUCAACUUAGUUUUAAGUCCAAAUUUAGAAUUUUUAACGAAAUUCACAAAUUUGCCAAUCAUUUGUAUCUUAGCUCAUAUUGUAGAGUGUCCAUGUUUGCAUGCCACACAGUACAGACAUAAAUUGUCAGAUUAUGUUAAAGUAAUGAAACAGUUUCAAGAAGUCGAGAAAGAAAUAGUGGAAAGUGAAGAAAUUAAGAAUAAAGAUGAUUUUACGGUUGUUCUCCAAACAUUUACAGAAGAAUUAAUUUUCCCAUUAAAUCGAUUUAAUACUACAGAUAAAACGUAUCUGGCGAUCGAUUGUUUUCAUUUAAGUCAGAAAGGUUAUGCUAGAGCUGCAAAUGCAUUAUGGAACAAUAUGAUGGAACCAGUUGGCCUUAAAUCGAAAGACUGGUCUAAAGAAUUUAAUCGAUUUGUUUGUCCGUCAAAUGAGUCUCCAUAUAUUAGAACGUGGAAAAAUAGCGUAUCAUGAUUGGUUCAAACUUCCAAGUACGUUAUUACUUGAUGAUACUUAAAUAACAUUGAUAUGUCUCACAACAAUUUUGUAUAUUCUCACCUAUGUACUUAUUAGUUAUUAUGUACAUACAUGUAUAAAACAGUGCUU